GGAGGUGGGGGCGUGCGCGGUGAGCGGUUGCUUGCAUCUUGCUCGUCUUGUCGUACUCGUAGUCCUACAGCUCAGCCUCCGUAGUCCUCGCUUUUCACUGCCACGCAGACACUCUCUCCGGCCCGCAGAAGAACCAAGACACAAGCAAAUUGGAAGAUCAGCGUCGGUCCAGAGACUGAGGACUCAAUUUUCCAAGCCAUUUCCAUCACUUUUUUUUCUAUCACUUUUUCUUUAAUGCUGAUACAUUAAUAUCCUUUUUGUGUCGAGAAUGAGCACUAGAACCUUUACCAACUCUGACAUUUUGCUGUUACUUUUAUCACAAGAGCUUUUCUUUAGUAAAAGUUUUACCGUAAUUGAAGAAAAAUGAUGGAAGAGAGUGGAAUAGAGACAACACCACCUGGGACUCCUCCACCAAGUUCAGCAGGACUGGCUGUCGCUGCCACAGCGGCACAGCCGUCUUCCCCCCCAGCCCCUUUAGCUGCGGCCAGCGCUCUCUCUUCUCCAAGCGUGUCCUCUGUGCAGCCCCCGCCGCCACACACGUUCUCCACCCCUCAGCAGUCCCUGCCUCCUGUGAGGCCUUCGCCACCCUUGCCCUUUGUGCCUCCUUCACCGGUUCCUUCUGGUCCUCCACUCAUUACCUCUUUACCACCUCAUGUUUCUCCACCAACUGCUGCUGCCUUCAGUAACCCUCCUUUAUCCCACUUCCCACCUUCCACUUCUGCCCCAAACACUCUCUUACCUGCUCCCGCUUCGGGUCCUCCCACAUCAGGAUUCUCUGUCGGCUCAGCCUAUGACAUUACACGAGGACAUGCAGGAAGAGCUCCCCAGACACCCCUGAUGCCGUCUUUUUCUGCACCUCCGGUGACAGGUAUUUUGCCAACUCCCAUUACUCAGCAAGCUGGUUUGACAUCUCUGGCACAGGGAACUGGAACCACAUCAGCCAUAACUUUUCCAGAGCAGCAAGAAGAUCCUAGAAUUGGUAGAGGGCAGGAUGAAGCAUCUGCUGGAGGACUCUGGGGUUUCAUUAAGGGUGUGGCUGGGAACCCUAUGGUGAAAUCUGUGCUUGAUAAAACAAAACAUUCAGUAGAAAGCAUGAUUACAACGCUGGACCCUGGCAUGGCUCCAUAUAUCAAAUCUGGAGGUGAACUGGACAUUGUAGUGACCUCAAAUAAAGAAGUAAAAGUUGCCGCUGUCCGAGAUGCCUUCCAGGAGGUCUUUGGCUUAGCUGUGGUGAUCGGGGAAGCUGGGCAGUCCAGCAUUGCCCCACAACCAGUGGGUUAUGCAGCUGGAUUAAAAGGUGCCCAGGAACGGAUAGAUAGCUUGCGUCGAACUGGAGUGAUCCAUGAAAAACAGACUGCUGUGUCAGUAGAAAACUUCAUUGCAGAAUUGCUUCCUGACAAAUGGUUUGACAUUGGCUGUCUGAUAGUUGAAGACCCUGUGCAUGGUAUUCAUCUAGAAGCAUUUACACAAGCCACACCAGUACCCUUGGAAUUUGUACAACAGGCUCAAAGUCUAACUCCCCAGGACUACAGUCUGAGGUGGUCGGGCCUUUUGGUGACAGUGGGCGAAGUCCUGGAGAAGAGCUUACUCAAUGUCAGCCGGACUGAUUGGCAUAUGACUUUCACUGGCAUGUCUCGUCGGCAGAUGAUCUACAGCGCAGCCAAAGCAGUAGCAGGCAUGUAUAAACAGCGCCUGUCCCCCGGGACCAUGUGAGAAGGCUGGCCUGGGAUACUGACACUUGCUAACUUUGAGCUGCUGGUGGAGAAGAGACAGUCCCUUCUUAAACUGGACAACUUCAGUCAGUCCAGCUGUUUUGAUCAUUUUCCUGUAGGCUGCAGUUUUUUUCUUAGAAAGGCAUGGUGUCAUUCCAGUAGAUGAAAAGAAACAGAUCCUUCUUCUGAUUAUAUAAUUGCACGUACCAUAGUUUUCAAAAAAUAUAUAAAUAUUUUUAUAGGACAGUUUGAUACACCAGAUUUAUAAGGUGCAAAUUCAUGUGCUAAGAUAUUUAACUUAAUGAUAUGUACUUGAUUAUUUUGUUUUUUAAGAAAUAGUUGACUAAAGAACAUGUUUACCGAACACUGUUUAAAAGCAUUGUUUCUUUUAAUUCAUGAUUAAUCUCUUCCCUGUCCGUCUUGGAAGCUUUUCGUGUGUCCAUGUGAUCACAGGUCUGAUGCUAAGCCAUGUGCUCAACAAGAGACUCUAAGACGCCUACUUGUAGGGAGAUGGUGCACUUGUCUAUGCAUAUUUUUAACAUAGGCCAGAAUAACAGAAUCGAUCAUUUUCUUUUUGGUUAUCAUGUUAUACACAUAGCCUGAAAAAUUUUUUUUUUUUUUUUUAAUGUUUCAGCAUUUCACAUUCAUACUGUACGAUGAACACUGGGAUAAUGCUUUUUUUUUUUCAUUGCUCUAUGACAACUAAGGGGCAAAUGAGUCAAGCAUAUUUAAAUUAGAAGCAUUUGGGUUUUUUUGCAUAAUGGUAUUCAGUGCUUCCAGGUAACUCUGACAACAGCCAUUACUUCUGCUUUAAUUCAUUUCUCCAACUGUAAUAGAGAAAUUUUUGAGAGGAAAUUACUUUGUUGUUUAUGGGAUCAUAUGACUUACUUUAAGGCUACUUAUUUAGUUUGCCUUAAACACAGCUUUUCUAACUUCGUGCCAUUCUGCCUUUACUUUUUAUGGAAGUUUUCCAAGAAACUGUUUUAUAGUGAACCUGGUUUAUUUAGUCCAUUAUGUUUGUAUUUAAUGAAAGCUUCUUUUUCCCCCAGAUAAUAUAUUUUACCAUUUUGGGAUUUAUACAAAUCAAAAAUAGUUCAUCAUAUACUUUUGAACUCUAUAUAUGAAAGUUCAAAUAAUUUUUUGAAGAUAGUUUCUUAUAUAAACGUAAUUUAAUUUUUAUUUACUCUUCUAUAUAAUUCUUUAGAUGUAAAAGAAUCAGCACAAUCUUAUAAAAUCUUUUAAGGUAUUGAAGCUGUCAUCCUGUGCUGUCAUCUCAUGUAAUGUUUGUUUGCUUUGUAUUAAUAUUUCAAGUACUUGUUUGAUUUCUAUUUUUUUUUACCUGAGGAUGAGAAGAUUAAGUACUAAUUUUCCAUCUGUGUUAUGUGUUCAUUUCUAUGCACUGUAUAGUUGUCAUUCAGUCUUCUGUGUCAUUAAAAGUAAUGAGAGAAAGAAGAGAGAUGUAGCCGGUUGCUAUAGCAUAAUAGGGACACAGGAAUACUUAUAUUCCCUUUUUAUUGGUAUUUAUGGAACACUUCAUCUCAUGUUUUCUCCGUCUUUCGUGAAUAAGAGAAGCCUUUCUCUACCAUUUGUUUUUAUCCUUUAUUUUAAAAAGCUACCCUUUAUCAUGGCACUGGCCUGAUGACACAUCACUGUUAGGAACGAAGGAACAUGUGUCCGUAGUUCGUAUUUCUGCUUUUUUCCCCUAUUAUAGGGAAAUUUUACAGAUCCUAAAGAUAAAAUUUUCUUUUUAUUUUACGAGGUCUCAAAUAUCUUAGUUUAUGUUUUUGAGGGCGGUUUUCGUAGGAUCAUUAACAUUGACAUCCCAUUAGAGGACAGCUUUCUUCGAACCCCCAGGCAGCAAUGGCAGAGUUACUCUGGUUUGGGUGCAGAUGAUUUCCCUGCACCUGGUAAUUUGCACCCUCUGCUCUCUGUGAGUGGGUGAGGACUAGGGAAGGGCAGAUGGAAAAGAUAAAUACAUCAUCUCGUUCUGGCCCCUUAUUCCUUCUCUGGCCCAGAGUUAUCUUUGAAAGGCAUCAGUGCAUGACUGACUCCACAGUCAACUUUCCCAGCCUCUUGUUUACUUUUUCAUUCUUGGAUUUCCCUCUUGUACAAGGGGCAAGAAAAGUAACUCAUUACCUCUCACACACCAGGGCAGCGUGAGCCAGGAGGUCUUUUACUGUUGGUAUUUUGGCAUGAGAUAUGCUGGUCAUCAACCUAAGGCCACGGCUCCCUUCACCAAUCAUCCAGCUGCCCUGUUCUUUUCUUGCUUGUUUCCUUAUAAUUCUUGCACUAGCAUUUUUUGGGAGCGUUGAGCUGGGGAGUUUUACCCUCAAGCAUCUUGGGACAACCUAUCUUUAACACAGUUCUUUGCCACUACUAUUUUGGUCAUGUUUGUGUUUUCUUUUCUUUCGAAGUGCUCCCAGAACUACUUACUGAAUUUGAUAAGUUGUAUACUUUUUUUUUUUUUUUUUUUGGCGGUAUGCGGGCCCCUCACCUCUGUGGCCUCUCCCGUUGCGGAGCACAGGCUCCGGAUGCGCAAGCCUCAGCGGCCAUGGCCCACGGGCCCAGCCGCUCCGCGGCACGUGGGAUCCUCCCAGACCGGCGCACGAACCCGUGUCCCCUGCAUCGGCAGGCGGACUCUCAACCACUGCACCACCAGGGAAGCUCAGUUUGUAUACUUUUUAAUUAAGUGUUGUGAAAGAGAACAGGAAGAAACGCAGGAAGAGUAAUUUUACAUCAGCCUCAAUUGACAGAAGGUACUCAGACUACUCAGAUCAAUAUCGUCUUGUUAUUAAGUUUAUCAGGUAACCCUGGACUUAGAGCUGGGCCCCAGACUUCUGGGUGGAAAAGUUUGAGCUAAUAAUACCUGUAGUUUUCUCCUCUGAACCUCUUAUUAUUACUUCCCCAUUCUUUGUUCUUUCUCUCAAGGAUUAAUGAGGUAGAAAAUUGAGAUGAAUGGAUAUAGACAAAAUGGUAGUAUGAUAAAUAUAAGUAGAUAACAGUACAGAUGAAAGUGUAUUAUAUACAUUAAUUCAAGUUAUGCAAAUUAGUAGUAUACUCAGGGUCAGCUAAAUUAAUUUAAGAUGUUGUUGAAUUUAUUUUGUUCCUUGGCUAGAAAAAAUUCUAAACAGGAAUUUGUGUUCUGUGAAACCAAAUUGGUAAUAUCCUGUGUUCUGAAAGAUGGUAGGUUACACAUAAAUUAAGAAACUCAGAUUUUUACUCCUAGAGUAUGGUAUUGUUUUUUAAGAUACUAUGCAGGAUGAUGUAUUGGAUAAAGCCAAUUUUGUACGUAUGUACAUAUGUCAUAAAUAAAAAAUACCUCGACUUAUA